GGAUGGAAAUGCUAUUUUUCCUGACCUUGCUUGGCGGUUGUAAAUCUAUAGUACGAAAAUGAAAUUAGUGCAUAAUAAAUAGUAUGCCUAUAGAAUAUUUUAUUUCUCCUUAAAGUCGCAACAGCUAUCAAGCCCGAAGGUAUUUUGGACACCACCAAAUGAAAAUGACUUCAUAAGUAGCAGACUGACACCUGGCGACUCUCCCUCCCCGCCUUCUGUCUGCAUAUAGUGAAGGUUAGAGACGUAAUGUGUUGCUCAUAGGAUCAAACUUCCGAAGUCUGUCUCCGUGAUCUGGAUUCUAAAUCGAGGUAUAAAACCCAAAAGGCAAAGAAACACCUGUAAAAAGUAUCGUUAUCGCAGAAAAGCGACACGUCUUUUCUACAUUUUUUCCAGGUUUAGCGAAUGUAUUCGAUACUGGAGGAAUUUUAUUCAACGAUAUAAGAAAUGUUGUCGUGACUCAUGCGCGUGUAGUAAUGGAUAAAUAGACAAUUGACGGUCAAAAACCGCAAAGCAAACGCACUUCAUCUGAAAAGGCUAGGUGGAUGGGAUUUUUUUUUGCUGUCUAGUGAUAUUGAAGGCAUUUUCUUUGGAAUAUUAAAUGGGAUUUAAUCCUGAAUGGUGACAAAGAUAUAAUUUCCAAGAGUUUUUGGAGAGCCUGCACCUGUACACCUGUGAAGAGUCGUUCGCACGUGACCUAUAACUUUUCAUCUUGAGUAAAACAAAGAGGCUUUAGUGCAAGUGACAGCGAGUACACCGAAGUGACGACUUUUGUAUCUGAGGACUGAUGGCGGCGUCUGCACCUUCUUCUGGCGGCGAUUCCGAUCCCAACACGACUAAUUUACGACCACCAUCCACAACCUAUGACGCUUGGUGCGGAGUUGCACAUGGAUGUACAAGGAAACUCGGGAUGAAGAUUUGUGGUUUCCUUCAGAAGAACAACAACCUGGAAGAGAGAACUAGGAUCGCAAGUUCCUUCAAAGAAAGCCAGUCUUCCAAGAACGUUCUGUCUAGUGAAAACAGUAGUAGAGACUCCAGGUUUAGGCGCGACGAAACUGAUUUUUCUAAUCUCUUUGCUAGAGAUUUGUUGCCUGGAAAAAAUGGAGAGGAGCCAACCAUGCAGUUCUUGCUGGAGGUUGUCGACAUUCUCACGAACUAUGUGAGGAAGACCUUCGACAGAUCUACUAAAGUCCUCGACUUCCACCAUCCACACCAGCUGCUUGAAGGCAUCGAGGGCUUCAACCUAGAGCUCUCUGACCAGCCCGAAUCUCUAGAGCAGAUCCUAGUGGACUGCAGAGACACCUUGAAGUACGGUGUGAGAACAGGUCAUCCCAGGUUUUUCAAUCAGCUGUCCUCAGGGCUCGACAUCAUUGGCUUAGCUGGAGAAUGGCUCACUUCCACAGCAAACACAAACAUGUUCACAUACGAGAUUGCCCCAGUGUUUGUGCUCAUGGAACAGCUGGCCCUUAAGAAGAUGAGAGAGAUUGUUGGCUGGCCAGGUGGAGAAGGAGAUGGAAUAUUCUCCCCAGGAGGUGCCAUAUCUAACAUGUACAGCGUGAUGGUAGCGCGCUACAAGUACUUCCCCGAAGUCAAAACUAAAGGAAUGGCAGUGGCUCCCAGACUAGUGCUCUUCACCUCAGAGAAUAGUCAUUACUCAAUAAAAAAAUCGGGUGCAGCUCUAGGCUUUGGAGUCGAAAAUGUCAUCUUGUUGAAGUGUGAUGAGAGGGGAAGAGUCAUUCCAGCUGACUUAGAGGCCAAGAUUAUUGAUGUUAAACAAAAGGGCUACGUCCCACUCUUUGUCAACGCUACAGCUGGAACAACUGUGUAUGGAGCAUUUGACCCCAUCAACGAAAUUGCGGAUCUCUGUGAAAAAUACAACAUCUGGCUCCACGUGGAUGGAGCCUGGGGAGGCAGUCUACUGAUGUCCAGGAAGCACCGGCACAAGCUGAGCGGCAUUGAGAGGGCCAAUUCAGUCACCUGGAAUCCACACAAGAUGAUGGGUGUGCCAUUGCAGUGCUCUGCCAUCUUGGUCAGAGAAGUGGGUCUACUCCAGGGGUGCAACCAGAUGUGUGCUGGGUACCUCUUCCAGCAAGAUAAGCAGUAUGAUGUCACCUAUGACACUGGUGACAAAGCCAUCCAGUGUGGUCGACAUGUGGACAUCUUCAAGUUUUGGCUGAUGUGGAAGGCAAAGGGAACAAUAGGAUUUGAGCAACACAUCAACAAGUGCUUGGAGCUCUCUGAGUAUCUCUACACCAAAAUAAAGAACCGAGAGGGAUAUGAGAUGGUGUUCCAGGGAGAGCCACAGCACACAAACGUCUGCUUCUGGUACAUUCCGCCCAGCCUGAGAGGAAUCCCCGAUAGUGAGGAGAGGUUGGAGAGACUGCACAAGGUGGCACCUAAGAUCAAAGCAAGGAUGAUGGAGACAGGGAGCACCAUGGUGGGCUACCAGCCUCAAGGGGACAAAGUCAACUUUUUCCGCAUGGUCAUCUCUAACCAUGCCGCCACCAAGUCCGACAUCGACUUCCUGAUCGAUGAGAUUGAACGACUGGGGCAGGACCUCUAGGAGCUUUGCCCUGGAAAUGGCCACCUUCCUCUUUUUGUAACAGCUUCACCGUGAGCUGAAGGAACCUAGGGUCGCGAUUCUAAGUGCUGCCAUUAUCCUACACGAUCCCAUAUUCUUUUCAAAGGUAAAAAUCCAUAAUAUACAGUGCGUUCUGUCUCAUGUGUUUUCUAGUCUGUUCUGUCCCUUAGUGAGCCUAUAGAUAUAACUGUCGUAUUUGAGAAUUUGUUGAAUGUGGGAAUUGGACCCAUACACUGGAAUGGCUCAACGAGUCGAUCUGAGUGACCACUUCAUCUGUGAGGUGUGUGAACGCACAUGAGGCCCUGAUAUGAUAUAUACUAAUAUAAUGGAAUAUAUGUUAUAAUAUAUUGACUAUUGGUGCUUUUUGCCGUACAUAUAACUACCAAAUCAGAUGCACCACCUUAGAUGUUUUUCCCCUUUAGGUGUGAAGUAGUGGGGAACACGUGAACAGUCAUCGUGACGGGUACUGUAUUCUAUUGCUGUUUCCAGAGAUAAUUGAAUUUUUGUGUAGAUUGUGUAUAGUACUGUUAUAUUGCCUUUGUGAGAAAAACAUAAAUGUCAUAGUUUUACAAUGAGAUGUUUAAAUAAUAAUUACAGUAAAAGGAACAUAUACUGUACAUAUAUAAUUGAAUAUCGCUUUAUUUAUAUUAAGAGAUAAGCAGUGUUAAAAAUCUAGUAUUUUCUUCCAUUUGUAAUGUAUUGUAUCUUUGUUUAUGUUAAAAAUCAUUCUAUAAAGAAAAAGUAACAUUUAACAUAUUUUAGCGUAUUUGUGAGCCAAAGAAAAAACAAUUUGUGACAGUUGCAUAUGUAUGUCCUUAAAGUAACAAAUAUAUAGAUAUUACAAAAUUAUAUGAUAUCUAUUAGAAAUAUAAUUUAAUGCUCUAAACCUUAGUGCAAUCUGUAGGUUAUGUAGGUGUGAUAUAUGUUGUGUAUCACAUUGACUGAGUACUUCAGUCAUCCAAUAUGCUAAACUGACUUCCUUACUUAGUAACAAGCACAAUGCUUAGCAAAUGUGGGCUCUAUCAUUCUGGGGAAAAAAAAGAUGCUCAUGUGUGAUGAAUAUGAAGUUUACCGCAAAACCUGUUUGUGAAAAUUGUUUUUGGGUGACUAAUCAGUUCAGAUCUAUGUUCACACUAACAAAACAAUACUGAUGCUGAUUUUGUUUUUUGGAUUUGAAUACGUACAUUGUAACCACUGAUAUUUUCCGAAGAAAUAUGAACUUUCCGAAACACUGCUGGUUGAACACUUUGUUUUGGAAACUGACAGACUGAAGGCAGGCCCUUUACUAUCUGAUCACAUUUGUAAUGUUCAUCAUGAUGAAAACCACUGCAUUUACAGCACCAAUAAAAUGUCUUUAAAAUCCC